GUAUGCGACACGUGCUGCAAAAUUAAAGAAGCAAGGUCAAAAUGUACAGACAAAGAAUCCCGUGCAAAAUGUGACGAGAGACGAGAUGAACAUCUUAAACAACAAAAUGCAGAAAGACAGAAGUACUACAAACACAUUUCUAAAGCCAAACAACAGCCAAACAAGUACCUGAGCAUAAUCAUGGACGCCAUGGACCAGGACAAAACAGCACUGCCAAGACUAGCAACGACUCCAAAAACACUUGGUAAUUUGUGGAGGGUUAAAGUUGGCCUUAUGGCAGCAUUGGUCCAUGGCGUCGGCAUUUAUGGUUUCUUCGAUGCUUACCAGUGGGGGCACGGUUCAUCCUAUACUAUCUCGGCCCUGGUCCAUGUGCUGCUGAUGCUAGACUCCCUUCCAGAUGUUCUGUAUCUCCAAUUGGAUAACUGUCCUGGACAAAACAAAAACAGAUUUGUACUGGGAUUUUUGGCAUACCUCAUAGAAGCUGGCGUAUUCAAGAAGGUAAAACUUUCGUUCCUCAUGGUAGGACACACCCACGAGGACAUAGACCAAAUAUUCAGCAGACUGUCAGUAUGGUUAUCAAGAGAAGACGUCUUCACAAUAUCAUCAUUGAUAAAAUGCUUUGAAUCAUGUUCCAGAAAAUCCAACAUUACAGGUAUAUCUCAGACAGUUCUUACCAAAAAAAAAAGAGUCUGUAUUACAGUAGAUUUCUGUAAAAUUUCAUUUUACAUGUUGAAAGAGUUAAAGAAAACAUAA